AUGUGCUAUCUGGUAACUCAUCAGAGAUGGCUUGGGCUGUUGCUGCUCUUACUGUGUAUGGGAUAUUCUCACGGGAUGCCACAUGUGUUAAGAUUCGGGGGGAUAUUUGAAUCCAUCGAAAGUGGCCCAUCUGGUGCUGAAGAACUUGCCUUUAAGUUUGCUUUAAACACAAUCAACAGGAACAGAACUUUACUGCCAAACACCACACUUACAUACGACAUCCAAAGGAUAAACAUCCACGACAGCUUUGAGGCCUCCAGAAAAGCUUGUGACCAGCUCUCUCUGGGUGUGGCAGCCAUCUUCGGUCCCUCCCACAGUUCUUCGGCCAACGCAGUGCAGUCCAUCUGUAACGCUCUGGGGGUGCCACACAUCCAGACCAAGUGGAAGCACCAAGUGUCAGACAACCGCGACUCCUUCUAUGUCAGCCUUUACCCAGACUUCUCCUCCCUCAGCAGAGCCAUUUUAGAUUUGGUUCACUUCUUCAAGUGGAAAACGGUCACUGUGGUUUACGAUGACAGCACAGGUCUGAUUCGAUUACAGGAGCUCAUCAAGGCUCCAUCUCGUUACAACAUCCGAUUAAAAAUCCGGCAGCUACCAGCAGAAACAAAAGAUGCCAAGCCCCUUCUUAAAGAAAUGAAACGAGGAAAAGAGUUCCAUGUGAUCUUUGACUGUGGUCAUGAAAUGGCAGCUGGCAUCCUUAAACAGGAGAACUUUAUGGGGAUUCAAAUCAGAAGAUAA